AUGACUUCCAUGCAAGAGGUGUUCGCAAAAUACAAAGACAGGGUGGCUGUCUUGGAGCAGAGCAGCAACCCGUUCUCGAAGGGCGUGGCUUGGGUUUUUGGUGAAUUGUUUCCUCUCCAUGAGGCGAAGAUUCCACUACUUGAUCAAGGGUUCCUACGCAGCGACUUGACAUACGAUGUGCCAGCUGUCUGGGACGGACGCUUCUUCCGUCUCGACGACCAUAUGGCUCGGCUCGAGCUCAGCUGUCAGCGGUUGCGGCUACAAAUGCCCUUGUCAACCAAGGAGAUCAAAGAUGUUCUGAUUGACAUGGUGGCAAAGAGCGGCAUCCAAGAUGCGUUUGUUGAGCUCAUCGUGACUCGCGGGUUCAAGAGUGUCAGAGAGGCGAGCGAGAAGGGCAUGACCAACCACAUCUAUCUGGUAGUGAUGCCUUAUGUCUGGGUGAUGGAUCCUCAGGUCCAGCUGAGCGGCAACGCUUCUGCUGUUGUGGCCAGGACAGUGCGACGCAUUCCGCCAGGCUCAAUAGAUCCGACGGUCAAGAAUCUGCAGUGGGGAGAUUUCGUUCGAGGGCUAUUUGAGGCACGAGAUCGUGAAGCAAUGUAUCCCUUCUUGACGGACGGGGAUGCCAACCUUACCGAAGGGUCGGGAUUCAACAUCUGCCUCAUUAAAGACGGCGUGCUAUACACCCCUGACCGUGGUGUGCUAGAGGGCAUCACUCGCAAGACUGUCUUCGAUGUUGCCAAGAUACAUGGGAUCCCCUAUCGGCUCGAGGUUGUACCUGUGUCCCUAGCUUAUGAGGCAGAUGAGAUUUUCACAUGCACAACAGCAGGCGGUAUUAUGCCCAUCACAUCUCUGGAUGGACGGCCGAUCAAAGACGGCAAGAUAGGACCCCUGACGACGAAGAUAUGGGAUACAUACUGGGCGUUGCACUCCGACCCUGCUUACACGACGAGGAUCGACUAUUCUGGUAGUAAGGCCAUUGCGAAGCUAUGA